CCCCGACCGUUUGCCACGCGCCGCGCUUUCCCCUCCGCGGCUCCUCCCCGAGCCGCCCCCGGUGCCCACGAUCCCCCGGACCAGGCGCGUCGUCCCUUGCAGGACCUGGGGGCCGGCGAGGCCGCAGAGGCGGGAUGGGCCUGAGCCCGGGCGCCGCCGGGGAGUACGCGCUCCGCCUCCCUAGGAUUCCCCCACCCCGCCCCAAACCCGCCUCGCAAACCGUCAGUAUCGCGCCCAAGGACCAGCAGCCUGCGCCCAGGCGUUUAACUGCGACCCACUCAGAAGAAUCCGUGGGAUCCGCAGCGUUGGCCCAGCUCCCAGCCAAGCAGCCUGCAGCCUGCACGUUAGAACAGGGCAGAAGCAUCCAGCAAGGAGAGAAGCCUGUCCUUAGCUUGGAGACCACACCCAGCCAGAGAGCAGAGUGGAUCUCAAUUCCCAAGCCUGAGAAUGAAGGCAAGUUGAUAAAGCAAGCAACUGAGGGAAAACCAAGACCCAGACCUGGAGACCUGAUUGAGAUUUUUCGAAUUGGCUAUGAGCACUGGGCCAUCUACGUAGAAGAUGACUGCGUGGUCCAUCUGGCUCCCCCGAGUGAGGAGUUCGAGGUGGGCAGCAUUACUUCCAUCUUUAGCAAUCGGGCCGUGGUGAAGUACAGUCGUCUGGAGGAUGUGCUGCAUGGCUGCUCCUGGAAGGUCAAUAACAAGCUCGAUGGGACGUACCUGCCCCUGCCGGUGGACGAGAUCAUGCAGCGUACAAAAAAGAUGGUCAACAAGAUCGUGCAGUACAGCCUGAUCGAAGGGAACUGCGAGCACUUUGUCAACGGCCUCAGAUACGGCGUACCCCGGAGCCAGCAGGUAGAGCACGCCCUGAUGGAAGGAGCGAAGGCUGCGGGAGCAGUUAUCUCAGCUGUGGUGGGCAGCAUAAAGCCCAAACCAAUAACUGCCUGAAGGCGAUGAAAAUUCCGGCUAGAGCAAGAGCUACCGACACAAGCAAAAAGAACGUGCCUCCUUGCCUUGCCUGCUCUCAAUGGCUCCGAUUAUGAAAAUUGUGAACUUCUGGAAGAAUCCAGAAUGUAUCCAAUUACCCAGAAAUACAUCCAAUAUAUAAGAUCAUAGACCUGCAGACUCUCGGGAUGGGAAGGACCUGGUAUCUGUGUAUCUCUUAUGCGCCAGGUACUGCACUAGGCAUUUCGUAUAUGGAUCUAAUUUUACUCUUUUUGUAGGAAGGGGCCUUGGUUGUUUCUUAGGCUGACCUUGGUCUCUGAUGCUUGAAUGCCAUCAGAAACAUCCCAGAAACCUCUGCUUGAAUGUUUCCAGUAACGAAGAAGUCUUUUUCCAGAAGUUCUUUUUAUUAAACUAAAAUGCCUCUAGUUUCUUUCUAUUUAUCAUAAUCCUGCCCUUUUCGACCCACAGUGUAGCUCAGGGGACGAGGGCCUUAGGAAAAACUGUGAUUCGCUAUUCAGGGCCCACUGUACCUUAAUCCAGGAACACAUAUCCCAGGAAAUACUUUCUUUUUAAAAUCACACAUCAACUUUGUUCCUUAUUGUUUAAAAAUCUUCUAUCAAAAGUAUCAUUGAUAAGACAAUUUAGCUUGCUUUUCUACCUCAUCAUUACCCUAAAAUGUGAAGUUUCUAGUCUCACUGAUUUUAGGUGAAUAUUUAAAAUAAUUUGAUAAGUUUAACCAGUUGAACUCUACUGUGUGAGUGAGGGAGAGAAAGGAAUUAUUUUUUUGUUUUGAAGGAUGGAAGAUCUGAAAUUAUGGCUGGGGACUGUAGUGACAACUGGGAGCUGAAGCCACCCAAAAAAGCUAGAGAAGGGUUCUGUUAUGCCUCCAGAAAUACCUAGAAAAUAUGAAGAAUGUGGAAGAGAGCAAGAUGGAACCCUCAAAGUGUUUCAGAUAAGGUCCAUUGGGAUUUCCCAUGAGCUUUUCUCCUACUUGGAGAAAAUAGACCCUCACUGAAACUCUUCAAUUUUUUUACCCUCCAUCCUUUUGUCAGCAAUCUAAACGUGACAGCCUCCUGUCUCCUAACACUGCAGUCUGGGCAUCUGAUUUGUCUUCCCUCUGCACUUAUUUCUGUGAAUCAUGACCAGAAUGAAGCUGAUAUCCCUAGUUCUUCUUCCCCAUUUCCUCUCACACUCCUUUGCCUGAAAAUCAGUUGAGUUCCCAAUAUCUCUUCCUUCAGUUUCUAUUCAUUAUGCGGUCUAGGUUGAGCCUUCCUUUGAAGCAGAACCUUAGUACCAGGAAUUCAUAUUUUAUAAAGUGUAUUUAUUCCUUGUAGCUGCAAACCAACCCAUCCAUGUUUUAGUGAAUGGUUUAAUCUGAAGAUGACAUUGAACUCAUGGACCAUAUUAAUCUUUUAUUAAACAAACUGGAUGUUGUUUGAUUAACAAAAAACUCCUUCACACCUAUGAGUGUUUAGUAACUUCUGCACAAAGCACUCAUCCAUCUCUUGCUUAUGUUUGGGACAGAAAGACCCUUCUCUGGCUUUUUACUGGUUUGAACCCAAUGGGACAGAGACCGUCUAGAAAGUUUCAGGGCUCAUCUUCACUUGUUUGUCCAACAGAUAUUUUUGAGUGUCUCCCAAGCGUCAAACCCUGGCUACUCCCACCUUUGCCUGAGCCCGUGAGCAGUAGUCCUGGGGCUGGCUGUGAGGAGUUCUGAGUUGGAUGGGAAUACGCAAGGCACAAUGGACAUGGGGCAAAGGCCACUUGCUGGACAAUAGUUCCUUCUGCUUCCAAGCUGUCCAUCAGGCUGAGAGCUCUGGAAUGCAUACCCCACGUUUUGAAGAGGAGGAGGGGAGAGUUUCUUAAAUUGUGUGUGUUUCUCUUUUAACCUGUAGUAGUUUCUGCAUUUUAAUGUAGAAACUGAAAUCUCUUCUUUGAGUGGGACCACUCAGGUGAGCCUUGUUAGUCUUGUUGAUAUAGUAAAGCACAUGCCCACUCUUGAUGGGGUGGGGAGGAGAAAGUUCUAAGGGAAAGUAGUCUGAAUGCAAAUGUUUCUGAGAUUACUUCAACAC